AUCAGACUGUACUAAGAGGAGGCACUGAAAUAGAGAUUACACUGGAAGACUGGUGACUCUGGCUCUGAUCUGCUGUUUGUAAAUUCACAGGGGCCAUAACUUAUGGAGCAACUAAUCUUCCCGGAUCCAUAUUAAGAGGAACUAAUUUACUUGUUGUUAUAUGCUACUCUAGAAAAAUAAUUUAUAGCCAUGCUGAUGGACAGUAAACCACAGAAUGUAGCAAUAACUGGAACAUCACCUAGAAAGGAUCACUUAAAGACAUUUUAGCUUAAACAUUGGAUUACAUUUCAUUGACAGAAAAAAGUAAAUCAGUGACUAAAUAUAAAGAGGAAGUGCAGGUGAACCACAUAUAGAACUCAGACUGUAAAAGCAUCUUAGUUGUGUUCCUCCUCUCAAAUAAUGAGGCUACUGAAACGAGGCAGGCUGCUACUACUGCUGAAGCUCACUGUCGUACUGGGAUCUCUGUGGAUGCUUUCCCUACUCAACAACCUGAAAAUUGGCUGGGAUCCUGCCUACAUUCUCAAGUACAGCUGGUUGGAGUAUAAAGAUGCAGGCCCAGAGAAAGUGUGCAACUGUUCGGCAAUCCUGCGGGGAGAGAGGGAGGCACUGGAAGAGGCCAAAUUACUGACCAUCACUAAAGACUUCCGCAAGAGUGUUCACAUCCCCGAUGAGUAUUACAUUAAUGCAACCCAAGACUGCACGAAGUUUAAGUUGAGCAGGAAAUACUUAACAAUCCCAUUAAGCCAGGAAGAAGAGGACUUCCCUCUGGCUUAUUCCAUAGUUGCGCAUCAUAAGGUGCAGAACUUUGAGCGACUGCUGCGAGCCAUCUAUGCACCUCAAAAUAUAUAUUGCAUCCAUGUUGAUAACAAAUCGGAUGCCUCAGUCUUCUCUGCCAUCAAGGCUAUUACUUCCUGUUUCCCAAAUACCUUCAUGGUCAGCAAGGCGGUGAACGUGGUCUAUGCUGCCUGGCCACGUGUCCAGGCUGACCUUAACUGUAUGGCUGAUCUCUAUAAUUCCAGCACAAAAUGGAAAUACUUCAUCAACCUUUGUGGCCAGGAUUUCCCUCUGAAAACCAACUUGGAGAUUGUAAGGAUAUUGAGUUCGAUGAGGGGCGGGAACAGCUUAGAGUCAGAAAAACUGCCUGAAGGAAAGAAGUGGAGGGUGACAAAUGCUCACCAUAUAGUUAAUGGCAAAAUCCAGGGGACAGGAAAGGCAAAGGAUCCUCCUCCCUUCAACCUGCCUAUUCUGGCUGGAAAUGCAUACAUUGUUGUUAACAGAGGCUACGUCCGCAGUGUGCUGGAGGACAAACGAAUACAGGCACUGAUCGAGUGGUCCAAAGACACCUACAGUCCUGAUGAAUUUCUCUGGGCAACCAUUCAGCGAAUCCCAGGUGUUCCUGGCUCAACAUGGCCCAACUCCAAAUUUGAUAUGACAGAUAUCAAUGCGAUUGCACGGCUGGUGAAGUGGCAGUGGCAUGAGGGGUCAGAGGGUUCAUUGGAGGCGGUAUACCCAGAGUGUCAUGGCAACCAUGUCAGGUCAAUAUGUGUAUAUGGUGCUGGAGACUUACAGUGGCUGCUUGAGCAGCAUCACCUCUUUGCCAAUAAGUUUGAUACAGACUCAGAUCCCAUUGCUGUCUACUGCUUGGAGAAGUAUCUGAGACAAAAAGCACUGGCAGAGAUGCACUAGGUGUUCUGGGGAUUUUUCCUGGAAACAGAGGUCAUUUCGCAAUUUAAUUUCAAGAUAUAUUUAAAAUUAUUUAUAUUUAUAGUCCUACACUAUAUUUAUAGUUUAUUUAUUGCUUCUAAUAUAGCAGUUCAUAAGUCUGUCAAUUUUAUCAAUCUGCUCAAAAGCCCAGAAGAAAAAUCCCGUUGAGACUCUGGACGUGCAUAUGGGCAAAAUGCUGUUGUCUUGCAGCAAGACCUGAUGAAAGACAACAGCGACCUGGAAGAAGAUCUGUUUCCCAGUGAAACAAUGACCUCAAACAUAAAACUAAAGCUAAACAGGAAUGAUUUCAAGACAACAAGCCAAAUAUGAGUGACCAAAAUCACUCUUUAAGUACAUUCCCCAUGCAACCUGAUUGAGAUUGAGCAGCAGCACAAAGAAGAAAAGGAAAAAGGCAAAUUGCUGCAGCAAAAGGACUAACAUCAAUUGAUACUGUACUUUUAUAUAUAUGUAAAAAAAAUUUGUAAUCACCGAUGAGGGUCAACAGAAAAUGGACUAAUUUAUUGCAAUUCAGUUUGAAAAAAACAGGUUGUUGAGGGUGAGGUACUAUUGAUGCAGUGGUCAUGUGCAUUGUGUGAUGUAUGGUACAUUUUUUAAAACACUGUCAAGGGGGAACACAUAUUUAUUCAUCAUAUUUUACCACAAAUAAAUACUUUGCAAGCCACAAAUAAAUGUAAAUAGUGACAAAAUUCAAAUAAAUCCAGACAUAACCCAACCUGCACAGUGGGCACUAUUGUACCAUCAGUGAGCACACAGUAUUUCCUCAUCACUUUCCAACAAUUUGCCCUCUCUUUCUCCCGCACAAACACACACACACACAGCCUGGAUAAACCAAGACAACUCUGCGUCCGGGUGACUGAGAUCAAAGUAACCUAAAACUGUAGCAACUGAAAUUAUGCAAAACAACACUGCAGCCACUGGUAACUACUGUUUUGUUACCUUUAUGAUAUGACAUCUCUGUUUUUUUUCACAGUGAUAUACAAUGUUAGUAGAAUAUCCUACUCUUAGCCUUUUUAAGAUUGUAUGAGGCAUAGGGUGACCUAAUGUAAAAACCCCCUGUUCCACCCACAUUGUAAACUAUUCAAAAGCCAGCUUGGCCAUUGUGUUUGAAUACUUAAAAGAUUUUUUUGUGUGUGGGUCAAGUCUUUAUAAACCUCAACUAACUAAAAUGACAGUCUAAAUAAGACCAUCCCUUAACAUUAUGAUCUACUGACAGAGAUACAAUGCAGUAACAUUCCAGCUGUCCAGGGAACACAAAUGUGCAUUUGUAAGCAGAUGGGCAGUAAUACAACUUCUGUUUGCAUGGGUUUGGUUACGACCUUGCUAUUAAUGUGUUUGCUUGCAACUGACUGAGUACAUUAAUACAGGAUGUAAUGUACUGUAACAUAGCUGGUUAAUAAUUCCUCCAAAGGAAAAUAAAUAAGAAUCAAAGCAUUGUUCAAAGGAUGAAGUCUAAGAAAAGAAAAGCCACCAAAUAGGGAUCACAAUCAAGUGCUGUUUAACAUACAGUAGUACAGGAGAAAGCAUCUCACCUCCAGCACAGUGACAGUCUCAGUGACUUUGAAUAUAGUAUUAUGUUCAGCACCCUCUGGUUAGUACUUCCCUCACUGAACAAGCAACUGCCUGAUGUUUUAUACCACAGCAUCUUCAUUUCUAACCCAUUGCUAAUGCCUCACGUAUCAUGCUGCAGGCUUGCUUAUAUUCAGACAUGCUGUGGUAGAAUACAGCAUGUUGCAGGGAGAAGAGAUAGGCAGGAGCCAGGUGUCUUGUAAUUGUCAAACGGCUGAGUUCCCCUUCUUGUCGGCUCUGAGUGAAAGAAAAGACAACAGAGAAAGAACUGUAGUACAUAUCUGUCAUUGAGACAAAAUAAUUAUACAUUCAGCAUAGGGAUUGCCAGUGACAAUUACGCAAGUAUGAGGGAAAAAAACAGCAGUCAUAAUGCAUACGUCAGCAAUAGCGAAACUAUGCCGGGUGCAUAUAUUUAUUUUGACUGUAACUGAAAUGGGGCAUGAACUAUAACAGGAUUUACUGCACUUGCAAAGUCAGUUAGUCAUCGAAAGCAUUGCCACCAAUGAAAUGCUAGCAUUGAACUGUUUGGAAAAACAUCUCUGUGAGACAAGCAGAACAGCUUGGAGAGUGCAGUGAGGUCUGACUGUCAAAAAAGUUUAUUGAAAGCGGUAUUGUAAUGUAAAAUACACAGUAAAUGUUGGAUGGCGUGCCUGUAUGUAAUCAGCCCUGUAUCACUGAUCAGUUCUCCUUGAUGUGUUUCAGGUUUGGAAACAGUUGACAGUUAGUGGAUAAGAAAAGCUAUAUGUUUGAAAGAUCGAAAGACUAUCCCUUAACAUUAUGGUCUACUGACAGAGAUACAUUGCAGUAACAUUCCAGCGAACACAAAUGUGUAUGUGGUCAAUUUGACACAGCAGUUAUGAGUAAACCUCUUCAUCCUUCGUCUCAGGAUGUUGUUUGAUUUGGCCAAUACCACUUUUCACAUGUGAACGUGUUUCCUGUUCAUCGAAUAUUUAGGCUCUCAGAAGACACGCAAUUACUUCUUUCUUUGGCUCUGCUAAAUUCACUCACUGACAGACACCAAUGGCUUACUACUUACUUAGCUGCUGUGUCCUGCAAAUCUGUAUCCAGUCUGGUUUAGCAUUGGGUUGGAGGGCAGAGAGCAAAGGUUAGUGAAGGAGUCAUAUAAGUGAUGACCACAUUGUCAGUGCACAUGCAGUUCCUGGGGAUUAGUAGCCUGUUUCAACACUGCCAUAGGACUUUGAAUGGAAGGGAAGGAAAACAAGCAUUAGUGGUCUAAAGUGGGAGUGUAGCAUGCAUGCAUUGGAGCCAGAGAAAACAAUUAAGGAGUUAUCAAUAAGGACAUUCAAAGUUUAGGGCCAAAAAGGCUGUUUUUUUUUCCUGAGAUUCCACAAUUAAACUGGACAGAAACAGACAAAGGAUCUAAAAAGGAGAUGGGGUCUCCAGGGUUGGCUCAAGGUACUAAUGUGUCUUUCCCAUUUAUGUUGAUUUAUUUAGGCUAUGAUGUAUAACAAUGAUACAAACAAUCCUUAGCUAUCAAUGUAACAAACACAACAUAAUUAAGUACAUACUUAUAUGAACAUCAGCACACUGACCUUUGAGCAAUUACACACAACGACAAACAAAGAUAGUAUAUGGUGGUAAUGGUGAAAACUGGAGAGGAAAACACCGCUGUCCUCUCACAACCAAGCAGAAAACUGAACUAAACUUAGCAACACGGCAUCUCAGGCGUGUUCAGUUCAGCAUGUUUAGUCUGUAACUAACAGCUCUGGUGAGUUCACUUAGGUGGGACGGAGUAAAUUAUUAUCAGAACAAGGCAAACAACUUAUAAUAACUUAUACACAACAAUAUACGCUUUCUAACAGGAUCUUUCUCCAAGAAACUUCAAAUAAGCAUGUCAAAGGAAUUUAUAACCAGCUCAUGGGUCAAAUGGGCAAAUGGCCAAUUAAUCAGGCAAAACCUCCACAGAGUGAAACUGAGCUUAGCCUAUCACAAUAAGACCUCAUCUCUGGUUGAUAUUUAACUGUUAUUUACCCCAGAGAAGGCAAUAUGAGGAAAAAACUGCAAUUAUCACUAAGGCGUGAGCCUUAGUCCCCUCUUCACACAGUGAACUUCAACAGACACACACAAAAAUUGCUACAGGAGAGUUCAAGGUCAAAGGAGUGGGGCACAGAUGCACUACAAUGCAGGGUUCAAUCAUUUUCCAACGAUGAAACAGUCAAUAGAGUUAGUACUUUACCAAUAAGCAAUAACAAUUUUUUUCACAAGCACUGGGCAUGGAUGUCCGUGGGUUUCAGACUCAUUGCAUGCUCAGUGAGACAGUUUGUGUUCUGUCUUAUACUAGCAAUCAAUGUUGUUUUCUUUCCACCAUGAAGGCUCUCUUUCCCUAAUCAGCUUACUAUAGUUUUCCUUAACUUGACAACAACUCCAAGCCACUAUGUGUAGGAUUUGAUUUUUUUUUCUUUGGUGGAUUCUGGUAGUAGAAUCAAUCAGUAGAAUCAAAAAAAUGCGUCAUCUCAAUAGUUUUAACUCAUCACAGUGGAAGCUUUUGUUAGUCAGCGGCAGAUAGAAUACGACACACCUUAUACUUUUACAAUAUUGGGAUAUUUUGGUGCCAGUUAUGAAACAGGCCAGUGUGUAGGUGCUAGUCUCUACAGUACCUUUACAACCAUUCAUACUGCCAGAGGCAUUGCUGUUUUUCCAGUUUGGUAUCUGUCCAUUAUGCACUUUAUGCAAAUUUGUCAAUAGCAAGCCAUGAGACGAGCCUAGGUUUGGGAGUGACUAUUUAUCUGUUCUUAGUGCAGUCUACUUCAGGGCACAUAUAUGUUGAUUAGAUUUCUACUGAUGUGUCACAGAUGAGAGGUGAAAUGAAACAAUUUACACUGAAAGCCACAUCACAGACUAAGAAGAAAACAGAAAGAAAGGAAAUCAUUUUCCAGUUUGUUUUAUGCUGAAUAAGGAAACAGCCAAAGGUCAGUAAAAGGUUAGUCCCAGCAUGGAAAAAUUCACAGUAGCUUUGAAGGAUUUUUCAGGGAGACUUUUACAAAACCAGCUGAUCAAUACAGGCAGGUUAGGUGAUUUACCUCAUGCAUGCAAAUCUGUGUAUACCCCUCUCCUCGUCAUACCUUUGGGCAGAG